UCUGACCAGGAAGCAGAGGUUCUGUGAUGAGACCAAUAUACGGAGAGGACAUCGAGAAAUAUUGCAUUGCACCCUUAGCAAUCGUCCUUAGUCUCUCUCCUCCGCAACAAGCUCCAUUCCUGCCUGAGACUUUGUUCAUCUCGGCCGGUCCUUCGAAUCGCUCGUCGAACAUUCAUUAUCGUAAAUCAAGUUGGUAUAUCAAUUGCCAUUGGAUUCCUUCGAAGUAGCAUGGACCCAAAUAAUUUUGUGGAUGAGAAGUGUGAAAGCAGGCUAUACAUUGGCAACCUUGAUCUGAGGAUAACAGAAGCAGCUCUGAUUAAGAUGUUUUCUCCAUUUGGAAACAUUGUGUCUGAGGACUUUCUAUGGCAUACUCGUGGGCCUAAACGCGGAGAGCCUCGUGGCUAUGCUUUUGUUCAGUUUAGCACCAAAGAGGAAGCUAAACUGGCCAAGGAGAAGAUGCAUGGGAAGUUGGUAUGUGGCCGUCCUUUGGUGGUUCGUCUUGCCAGUGAGAAAUACUUGCUGGAAAUGGCAGGGAAUUCUGGCAAAGCAGUUGGUGAGGCAAACAAAUCAGGCCUUACAAGUAGCUGUUCGGGACAGAUGUACCGAAGUGCUAAAAUAGCUGCAAUAAAGAACAAAUUGAAAGCUAUGGAGGAAGAGGGCCCUAGCACGAAGAAGCAAAAACAGAGUGAAAACAAUUCUGGCACUGAUAAUCUCUGACCUUUUGCUUAUCGGUGUUGAUAAUAGGCAAAGAAACUGCCAAGAUACCCUGAUGUGCAGAAGAGUUCUUCCUGAUCACUUCCUAGUUCAUUAAUUUGUACUUGAAUUGUAUUUUAGUAUUUGUUUGGGGAACAUGGAUAUUCAACGAAGGCCAUAUUUACAUGGAUAUUCAACAGUAGCUGGACUAGGUGACCAGACUAAGGCCCUGUUGGCUCCUUGGAAUAUUUGUUGUUUUGAAAUCAAAUACUCUUCAGCUGUGGAUGAAAUGUUGUUGAAAAUGAAAUUUGUAGUGUU